AUGACUCAGUCGUCUUCUCCCUUUUCUGCUAUCCGUUGCUCUCUCCGCUCGGACUCUCGUUGGUCGACGACGUCUCCUCCACUCCAAGCUCUCCCUCCUCCUUUUCGCCCUUACCAACGCCGCUCCCCCAACUGGCCUUCCAACCAGCUCUUCCACGAUCACCUGCUGCCUGCGCUGCUCUCUACCCCAUGUAACCUUCGGUCCCUCUCCACCCUCUGCCUCGACCAGGACCUCCCUGGAGGGAAGCUCCUCCUACAAAGCGAUAUCGACAUUGCCGCUUCCGCACUUUCUCUCCACUGCCACAACCUCCACCUUCUCCUCCGCUCUGACCUGCUCCACCACAACGCUCCCCUUGCGUUGUCUGCUGAUGACUCCACGACGAUUGUUCUUCCGCUCCCGGCUCCCUCUGCUUCCCGCGCUGUGCUCACCAUCUUCGUUCGUGACAUUUUCGCUCGUCUUCAGAUCGUCGUGCUAGAUCUCAAGGGCAAGGCUCUUGAUUCCCACCUGGAGCUUCUCGCGACCAACCCCGUGAAGAUCUCUUGCCUUGUUGUCGAGAAGGAAGACGUACCCUCGCUUCUCCACCUCCUCGAUCCCUCCGCCCACUCUCUGUUACACAACAGCACGGCAGCGGUGGUCUCCCUCCUUGCCACCACCUCCGAUGUCUCAUGUCGCGCUGUGUUCGAGGGGGGUGCCCUCGGCCCCCUUUUGCACCUUAUUGACUCCGGACUCGUGGUUCUGAAGGAGCACGCUGCCACGCGAUCCACACACUGA